AUGGACGGUAUCCUUCUGACACGGGAGGAAAAAGGAGCCGUGCUUGAACACAUGGAGGUGCACCCCACCGUCCCUCGCCACGCACAGACGGCGUUCCUCCGAGCCGCGCUCGACAGCGCACAGUACGGCUUCCGCGUCCGCCCCACCUUCAACCUCACAGCACUCCCCGAAUGGCCGAAGCCCACCCCUUCCCUCGCGCAGGCCCGCAGGAUACAGCACUACACACGCCAACUCAACGACGCGCACGCGGAUGAAGACCCGACUUCUCUCGCACAGGCCGUCGAGCGCGGGCCCCGCAAGCUUUCCAGGGACAUUUACUUAUGCGCGUCCAAGCAUUCCCCUCGUUUUUCGCCCGCCGCAGCGACGAACCCGGCCAUCAGCACACGGAUGGCGCUCCUCGAGAUUGCGAAGCUCACCGAUUGUGGCGCCCCAUGGAUAGUUCUUGACUCCUCUAAGGGAUGGAUGGUGCGGAUACGGGUCAGUCUGGACGUUCAGGUGGUGUCGGUACGAAAGGCGCACGACCGUGGCCCGGUGUUCGUGCUGCUCUACCGAGUUUUCGGUCGGCACGACGCGGUCGUGACAGAAGAUUCCGCGUGGACGAUCGCGCAGGAACGCAAAGCGCUACUUCCACCCGAGCCAUCGACUGAAAACCGGUUCUCCGUGCACCCAACUGCGAUGAAGUUACUCCUCAAGCUCCUCCGCAUGAACGCUGCCGUCGUGCCCGCAGACUUCCCGCUGCAACGCGAAGCGACGGACGAAGGGUAUGCUCUCUCAGCGCUCCAGCCCAUGGGACACCUGGACCACCGCUCGCUCGUCUGGAUUGAGCAGCGGCUCUCCUGUGAGGUAUGCGGGAGGAAGCCGGUGAAGGAGUGCACUCAGUGUUCCUUGGUCGCAUACUGCUGUAAAGAAAGUUCAGCUGCUACACCGGGCUAUCCAGAGUGUCAGCGCAAGGAUUGGGCUGUGCAUCGGGGUCGGCCUUUGGGGUACCAUUCGGGCGCAAACCUACUGGACCGAGCCUUCGCGCUUUGGGUCGUGGCGACACACUACCGACUGCACUGA